CCGGUAAAAAUUCAUGCCAUGUGAAAAUCAAAAACAUAUUCAAAACAAGCGAAAAUGGGCAAAAGCAGAAGAAACAAGGAUGAAAAUGACUCAAACUUUUCUCAAAAGAAAGAAAGGGUUGAUGAAAAUACAAUUAAUUAUUAUAGACGAGUCACAGAGACAUUGAAUGAGGGGUUUUCUACAGAUGAAGAUAGAGAAUUGUUUUUGGAUAAUGUUUUUAAUCAGCUUGAAGAGGAUGGACCAAAAGUGUGCAGACUAGCAAGUACUAGUCGUGUAUUAGAAAAACUUAUACAAGAUGCACAAAACAAAAAUAUUUUACAAUUAUUAAAAGCCUUUAGCCAAGACUGGAUUGUAUUAUUGUCAGACAGAUUUGGAAGCCAUGUUUUACAGAAAUUAAUUUGUCAAAUUCCACGAUGUUUGUCUAAGAUUUCAAAUGAAGAGGAUACAGAGGAUGAAACUAUUUACACUUACUUCUUAAAUCUUUGUAACUUUCUGAAGGACAACAUUUCUGAUGCAAGGACAGAUAUGUAUGCCUCACAUAUAUUGAGGGUGGUUUUACAAGUUUUAGGUGGUGUAAAUGUUGGAGAGCAAGUUGUUAGAAGCCGUCUUUCAAGGAAUCAGGAUAAAGAUGGACAAGAUGAAAUUAAUGUGGAUGAUUUCAGCCCAUCUGACAAAUUCAAGAAAGUAUUACUGAAAUUUACCAAACUGAUACUAAGUUCUGAUACUCUAAAUAUGGAGAUUUGUAAUCCUACAAAUAACCCUCUGAUACAGACAGUACUACUGGUAUUACACAGAGUUAAUGACCACAAGUGUCAAAAAUACUUAAAGAAACUUAUCUGUAUUCCUGGACUGUUUGAUUCUAACACUGAGAGCCUUCCUGUCAUUACUAAGGAUGAAAUUGGAUCUUUUAUGGUGGAGCAAAUUUUAAAUCUGGGUUCUGAAGAAUUUUACACUGAACUCUACAAAAAGUUAUUUAAAGGGAAGCUACUCUUGUAUGCAGUACAUCCUGUUUCAAAUUUCAUUCUUCAGAGACUUAUCACAAAUGUAAAAGAAAAAGAGCAUUUUGAAGAAAUAUUUGGAGAAUUAUGUGGAUAUUUAGAAGACAUGUUAGCUGUAAAUCAUUUAGGAGUCGUCACUAGGCUAGCGGAGGCUUGUCACAGGCUGGGAUGUAAUCAAGAAAAACUUUUAAGAUCUCUAAAAGCAGCAUUUCAUUGUUUGGAACCAGUAGAAAGAGAAACCAAGGUGGCACCACUGUUGCUUUCACUAACCACCUAUGAAAUACAUUAUGAUAUGGCAGACAGUGAAGAAAAAAAAGAAAAUAAAACAGAUAAAGAACCAGCAAAAAAAAAUCCAGUUUUAACAGAUAUUAAUUACCAUGGAUCCAUGUUAGUGCAACAUUUGUUGAAGUUUGGUAAUCCUAAACAGAUGGUUACCAGUUUACUGGAACUUAAACCAGUUGAGCUGAAGAAUUUGUCAUGUAACCCAUGUGGCAGUCAUGUGGUAGAUGCAUUUUUCCAGAGCAAAACAAUUGGAGAAAAAAGUAGAGAGGCAUUUGUAUUUAGAAUCAAGGGUCAGUAUAUUGACAUUGCUUGUAAUAAAAAUGGCAGCAGAACUUUGGAAAUGAUUUGGAAACAUAUAAAUACAAGCCAGAAAAUUGCUAUAGCUACUGAACUUGGAAAACAGGAACACAAACUAAGGGGAGACAGAUUUGGACUUUUUGUGCAUAAAAACUUUGGAAUUUUCCAAUUUGUUCAUCGAAAGAAAGAUUGGGAGGAAAGUCAGAGUGCCAGUUUGAAGAAAAGAAAAUUAUUCGAAGAGAUUUUAGGAGUUGAUUCCUCAGGAAAUAAAAAGAAGAAAAGUAGUAGUAAAGCUGUGGAUAAUCCACUUAAGUUAGAGGACAGUGAUGAUGAAGAGGAACCUAAAACAAAGAAACCUGUAUUGUAUAAAAGGAAACUAGGAUACGAACAGGCAAUUCCAGGAAGUAAAAAACAAUCAAAAGAAUAUCAAUUAAAAGACAAGAAGAUGAAACAUUUGUUAGAUGAAGUGACUGGGAAGAAAAAAAAGAAAUAAAAUUUGUAUCAAAUAUUUUA